AUGGCGAAGCCCUCCUUCCUAACGAACUUUAAGCAGCUGCGACGGCGGUCGCGAGCAAGUUUCCGGAACGACGAUCGAUCUACUACCGACGCCUCUAGCACCGAGGACCGCCAGAGCCAGAACACGACACCCACAACCGGAUCCAUUACGCCCCCCUCGAUAACCACGCAGUCCGAUCCUGCGAUCAACAACCUCAAGGACCUGUCGUCGCAGUCGACCGCGUCGCUCCCCACGAGACCUCCGCUGCAAUCCUACGCAAACAGCAACCGAUAUAGUGUGUCGGGCAUGACAGGUCUCGGAUCGCCUAGCCUGAAUGGCAAGUCGACGCUGCCCGUAUCGCAGUACGCACCGCGGUUGACGAACCUGAUCGAUGGCUCUUGGGUCCAUCAGAAAGCCCUUCUUGUGUCUGGUACCAUUGGGGAGGGGUUGCAACACUCGCUCGACGGAAAUGUGACCGUGUCGCGACUCGAUGAUGGCUUCCCACCCACUUGCUGGCCGGUCUGCGACUCGCAGUUCAAGGCGCUGGUGUACCUGAUGCCUGGCGCAAACAAACUGCGCUUUGAUUUCACGAGCCCCAAACUUGCUAACAGCGACUCCCCGAACCCGAUUCAUGCGACUCACAUAGUGGUCCACAUGAUCCCCCCGAUUAGCUCCCCGCCCCUGCAGUUGGCGAUCUUGCUCGCCAAGGACUCACCGGGUACGUUCGAUGCUGUGCCCGCUCGGAUCGAGAAGGAAGGCAAUGGGCUCGAGACAGCUAUUCGCAAGUUUCGCAUGGCGACCUAUCUUUGGCAAGCAUUCACUGCCGAGGAGAUGCGCAGAAACCGGUUUGGGCGACGAACAUUCCGUUUCGAGGAAGAAUGGAUGAAUGGUUCAUGCAACCAACGAGAUAGGGAGAUGGGCACGAUGCGAUCGGAAGCGCGGAUUCAUAUCAUUCGGUCCGACAAGACGGUGGCCGAGAUCCGCGACCUCGAACGAGCGCAGCAAAACCACGAUGGAAAGAAGAAAGGGGAGCUAUUUGACAUUGCUGCCGAGGCGGUCAAGAGCUAUUUUAAGCCACUCCCAGGCCAAAAGCAAUAUGUCUCAGUCCUGAUCCUAGACUCGCACUGGGACACGACGUCAAAGACGAUCACCGGCCAUGCAGCGCUCGGAGGAAGUGCCGGCGACCUGCAGCUGGCCAUCUGCGGUUCCCACGCUCUACAAAGCUACCCGAUGACUUUCGAGGAGGUGGUCCCGGCGUUCACCGACUGCACGCCGACUGACACCAACUUUGUUGCCAACGACUGCAAUGAAUCCGGAAGCUCCUGGGAGGCGGCCAACGUCGGCAUUGGCGCCCAUCUCCACGAGACUGGCCAUCUCUUCGGGUGCCCUCACCAGGAGAGCGGCGUCAUGAUGAGGGACUAUGUCAAGUUGAAUCGUUCAUUCGUCGCUAGGGAGGCCUACAGCACCAGGACCAAGUCGAAAGGCGGACUGGUCAUGCAGGCCGAUGAAUGUACCUGGCACCGGCUCGACUGUCUGCGCUUCCGCAGUCAUCCAUGCUUCAGACUGCCCAACGACCCGGUCUCCAACCCAGACGACAGCGUCCAGGCUUGGCCGGUCGACAACGGGCAGGUUCAGGUGACGGCCGCCACGGGUGUCUCGUUCAUUGAACUGUAUACAGAAGGCGAUGAUGUCUGCCACACGUGGAUCGAGUACAAGUUGGAGAAUGGCUGCUCUCAGCGCAACAUUACCUUGACCGAACAACAGCUGCGAGAAAAACUUCCCGAGAACAAGCGCCGCUCCAAGUUGACGAAGGUGUGCAUCAAGUCACACGGCGGCGGUAACCUGGACAUUCCGGAUUUCGAGCAACUCCUCAAGACUGCCCGGUUGAAGCUGUCUUUUUUCGGAAAUCCGGCGUUCCGAGGCAACAAGCUCGGUUUCUCACAGAUGGAAGGCAGCAAGGCAGAGGAGCUUAUCUUCACCAGUUCGACGGAGAAGGGGAAGGACCGAGUGCUCUCCCGUAUCGUAUUCUACCACGGGUUCGCUCUGGAUGGCAUGGAGUUCGUCUACGAUAAUGGGGACAGUCAACUCUUUGGGAAGAGAGGAGGCAAACCUGGCGGUGACACUUUCAAGAUGGACAUUCCACGGGGCGAAAACAUUACUGGUUUCUAUGUGCGAUCAGGUUUCUGGAUUGACGCCAUCCAAGUCUGGACGAGUCUGGGAAGAAAAUCUCCCGUCUACGGCAACGUGAACGGUGGCUCUCCCCAUACCCUCCUUCCACCCCCCGGCUUCCGGGUCUGCGGCGUGACUGGAUCCAGUGCUGCCUGGGUAGACGGUUUCUCUCUCAUCAUCACACGGUAG